AUGUUAACCGUCGUCGGUUGCGAUUUGCAGCAAUUGGAGUAUCUGUCGCUGGUCUCGAAGAUCUGCACAGAGCUCGAUAAUCACUUGGGCAUCAAUGACAAGGACCUGGCCCAGUUCAUCAUCGAUUUGGAGAACAAGAAUCAAUCGUACGAUGCCUUCCGCAAAGCUCUGCUCGAGAACGGCGCCGAGUUUCCAGACUCCCUCGUCCAAAAUCUGCAGCGCAUCAUCAACUUAAUGCGGCCCAGUCGGCCGAGAGGCGGGAGCGAAGAGAAUAUCGGCUCUGGCAGCAGCAAAGAUGACAAGAAAACGCAGCUGAUGAAAAUGUUCCCUGGCCUGGCCAUGCCCAACGAUAAAUACAGCCAGAGCGAGGGCCAGGACGAGGAAGCCAAGGAAAAGCAUUCGGUUGGCAAAAAGACAGACCUGAGUGACGUGGACGCGGCCAUGAUGGAGCUUGAGGCUCUGGCGCCUGGCGAGGGCAAGACCGAUGAUAAGAAAGAGAUUAAGGAAUCGAGAGAACGACCCCACAAGCGAAGGGAACGCAGCAGAAGUCGCGAGAAGGACAGGGAUACUCGGAAGCGGAGCAGAUCUCGCGAGGAUAGGAAUAGGGAGCGCCGCAGGAGCAAAUCACGCGAGGACCGGCAUAGGGAGCGUCGCAGGAGUAGAUCUCGUGACAAAGAACGCCGCAGAAGCAGCAGAUCACGCGAGCAUCGCGAUCGGGAACGGGAACGCCGCCGAAGCAGGUCCCGCGACGAUCGCGAGCGAGAUCGUGGUCGCCGCAGGUCCAGCUCUCGAGACCGCCACGAGCGUCGACAACGCAGUCGGUCGCGCUCUGGCGACCGUGGCGAUCGCCGCCAGGAGAAAAUGCCGCCCCCCAGCACAGUGAUGGCCGACGAUCCCGAGGCUGGCAAGAUCUACUCCGGCAAGGUGGCCAACAUUGUGCCCUUCGGGUGCUUUGUCCAGCUCUUCGGACUGCGCAAGCGCUGGGAGGGGCUGGUGCACAUCUCGCAGCUGCGAGCCGAGGGCAGGGUCACCGACGUGACCGAAGUGGUGGUCCGCAAUCAGACCGUGAGGGUCAAGGUGAUGUCACUGACGGGUCAGAAAGUGUCGCUGUCCAUGAAGGAAGUCGAUCAGGAGUCGGGCAGGGACUUGAAUCCCCUCUCGCACACCCCCGAGGAUGAUGACUCGCUGCGGGACCGCAAUCCAGAUGGUCCCUUCAGCAGCAGCACCUCCAUGCUAAAUCUGCAGGGCAACAGCCUGGACGGGGACGAGAACGAGUCAAGGAAGCGGGUUACCAGGAUCUCCAGCCCCGAGCGAUGCGAAAUCAAACAGAUGAUUAGCUCUGGGGUCCUGGACAGGAGCGAAAUGCCGGACUUUGACGAGGAGACAGGUCUGCUGCCCAAGGACGAGGACGACGAGGCGGACAUCGAGAUUGGGAUUGUGGAGGAAGAGCCGCCAUUCCUCUCGGGCCAUGGCAGGGCCCUGCACGACCUAUCGCCCGUGAGAAUUGUCAAGAAUCCCGACGGUUCGUUGACCCCGGCGGCCAUGAUGCAGUCGGCCCUGUCCAAGGAGCGGCGGGAGCAGAAAAUGCUGCAGCGCGAACCAGAAAUGGAGGCCCUGCCCACGAACCUCAACAAGAACUGGAUCGAUCCGCUGCCCGAGGAGGACACUCGCAAUCUGGCGGCCAACAUGCGUGGCAUGGGCGCCGCCACCGCCGAGGUGCCCGAGUGGAAGAAGCACGUGAUUGGCGGCAAGAAGUCAUCCUUUGGCAAGAAGACGGACCUCAUUCUCUCUCUCUCUGUAGGAGAUCAAGGGGACAGGAACAUAAGAUUUUCCCGGAAUUUUUGAUAAGCGGCAAGUUUUUAUUUUCUUAAUGAAUCUGUCAGUGUUCUGCUCAAGACUCGAGACGCACAAGUAAAAUGUCCCAAAAGAACCUA